GUUGCAGCGGCUGCUAGAGCUAGGAGCGGGACGGGGCGGUAGCGAGCAUGGCCGCGGCGGGCAGGGUGCUGGUGUACGGGGGCAGAGGGGCGCUGGGGUCCCAGUGUGUGCGGUACUUCAAGGCCAGAAACUGGUGGGUGGCCAGCAUCGACCUGGCGGAGAACGAAGAUGCCAGUGCCAGCGUGGUGGUGCGGACGACCGACUCUUUCCCCGAGCAAGCCGAGCAGGUGACAACAGAGGUUGGAAAACUUCUUGGUGAAGAAAAGGUGGAUGCAAUCUUCUGUGUAGCAGGAGGAUGGGCUGGAGGCAGCGCCAAAGCUAAAUCUUUAUACAAAAACUGCGAUCUGAUGUGGAAGCAGAGCAUUUGGACAUCGACUAUUUCCAGCCACCUAGCCACAAAGCAUCUGAAAGAAGGUGGUCUCUUGACUUUGACAGGAGCUCAAGCUGCUUUAUCUGGAACCCCAGGAAUGAUUGGCUAUGGCAUGGCCAAAGGAGCAGUGCAUCAGCUUUGUCAGAGUUUAGCUGGUGCCAGCAGUGGCUUGCCAUCUGGUUCUGCUGCUGUUGCCAUUUUACCGGUUACCUUAGAUACACCAGCAAACAGGAAAUCAAUGCCUGAUGCAGACUUCAGCUCCUGGACACCCUUAGAGUUCAUUGCUGAAACCUUUUACGACUGGGUAACAGGAAAGAAUCGACCAAACACAGGGAGUCUGAUCCAGGUGAUAACUACAGGAGGGAAGACUGAGCUAGUUGCAGCUGCACACCUUUGAUGUCAGUCACUUAAGGCGGUGGAACCUCAGCAAAGGAGAAGGAAGCUAUGGAAGAAUCUUUCUGCCAGUGUAAUUUGGAUGGUAUUCUGUAUCCAGUACUUGUAGUUAUGUCAUUAAUGGAAGCAGACUUCAAGUAAUAUUUCUGUGGUGUCAGUUGUGAGCUAUCAGCAUUUGUUUACCAACAAGUAUCAUGUAUUUUUUCUUUAAAUGAAAGUUGCAGGCUUUAAAGUCUGUAGAUGUCCUGAUUCUGAGCAUUAUAUGUUGACUUACCUGUUUUCUCUGAAAUGGGAAUUGUGCUUACAUACGCAAUGGUGGUUGUGGGGUUUUUUUCCUCUCUGUCAGUAUGUGUUUCUGGCAACUUACUGCGAAUCUUUCCACAGUCUGUCUUUUUCUGUCUGAGAGUAUAACCUAGCCCUUCAUAUUAUGUUGGCUAGCAUUAUAGGAGAUGUUGCAGUCAUAUAUAAUGUCCUGGUCUUGUAACAUUUUUUUCUUGUGAAUGUUCCACUUGAGUUAAGGGAACUGUGUAAGAAUUACUCCCUUGAGGACUUCCUCAUUUGCCUUACAGUUUAUAAGCUGCUGUCACACCUACGGUUGUAGGAUAAACCAGUCAUUCUGCCAAACAAUUAGUAUGUCUCUCUGAGGAUCGUGAUGGUUCUUUACAGCACUUUGCUUUUGGAAAAUGAAGUACUAGAAAAAGCAUUCACACACUUAUAUUUGAAUAUGGAACUUCUUGUGCUAAAUAAAUGUGUAUUGUUUUA